AUGUCUAAGAGAACAAGUACUGAGUUGGAACUACCAACGUUCAAUCCAAACAAGAAAAAGCAGCAGGUAGGAAACCCUAUAGUCUGGAUUGACUGUGAAAUGACAGGAUUGGACGUCUACAAGGACAACAUCAUCGAAAUAUGCUGUAUCAUAACGGAUGGGGAUAUGAAUCUUCUACACGAAGGCUACGAAAGCGUGAUCCACGUUGAUAAGGAGAUUCUGGACUCGAUGGACCCAUGGUGUGUCAACCAACACGGCUCCAGCGGACUCACUCAAAAGGUCUUGGAAUCGAAGAAGACCCUCAAAGAAGUUGAAGAGGAACUGCUGGAUUAUGUCCAGACUUAUACGAAGAAGGGUAAAGCUGUGUUGGCUGGUAAUACUGUCCACAUGGACAGGGCAUUUAUGAUGAGAGAACUCCCUAAAGUCAUUGACCACCUGCACUACAGAAUUAUCGAUGUUUCAAGCUUCUUCGAGUUCGGCAGACGUCACAACCCUGAGUUGAUCAACCAGUGUCCAAAGAAGAGGAAUAGCCACACCGCAAGGGAUGAUAUCUUGGAGUCAAUUGCUCAAUUGGCAUGGUUCAGGGACCAUUAUAUGAUUGGUCCGGAGACUCAGAAGAUCUUGGAGGAUGCUAAGACCCAUAAAGAGAAGGAGAAGGAGAAUGAGAAGGAGGAGGAUGAAGAGAAUGAUAAAGUGGCAGGUUCACGUGAUUAGCCGGUAUAUAUUCACGUGAUUGUAUGUCACGUGUGUUUUCACGUGAUUAUCAAAUAAAACAGUAAGGGCAACACAAGGAC